AUGCCUUCUUAUAGGCUCUCAAGAGUAAUACACAUAAGAGCCGGAAUAAAAAAAAAGUCUAGUACAAACGCGGAAUCCAAUCUCUAUUCUAGUACAAAAAAAGAAAAAACCCGAGAAGAAGUAGAACAAAACCCCUCAUAUCAGUUCCAUUUCCUCCCUUUUUCAAAGGUGUUUACUCAAAUUGAAGAAGCUCAGCGAGAUUCCGAAGCUUGGGAUCAAUUUCAUGCCCGCCAUUCUACCGGCAAGUUCUUCAAGCUGUUUGUUAGACUGAAGGAAGCUAUAAGCAUUGCCUAUGGAUUAGUGUGUCGAAUAUCAGCUGAACUUCUAGAUUAUUACUGCUUCGUCACAUUGAUAUUCACUUUGUCAGCCUUGCCCCUCGACAGGAUGCCUAAGGCCAUCAAAGAGUGCUUUGAUAUUUUAAAGCCAGGGGGCAUGCUUUUAUUUAGAGACUACGGGAUUUGUGAUAUGACUAUGCUUCGAUUUGAUCCUCAACAAAGAAUAGGAUAUAGAGAGUACUUGCGGUCAGAUGGAACACGAUCUUAUUUCUUCUGCUUGGAUACUGUUAGAAGUUUAACUUCUGCUGCCGGUUUCAUUGAGGUUGAGCUUGAAUACUGGUGUAUCAAUGCAGUAAAUCCGCGGAAGGGAAAGACGAUGAAAAGAGUAUUUGUUCACGGAAAGUUCCGGAAGCCUGCCCUCAACUAAAAUCACCCAUACACAGUUAUCUCUCUCACCCUCUCUAUUUACUAAACAAUAAGGGUCCGUUUGGUUGCACUGAUAGGCCUAGAUAUUGCCUCCUAUCGGACUCUAUCCAACUGUUUGGUUGCACUGAUAUACUAACGUACUGACCCGGGGAAAAAAUGUUAACCCGGUAGCAUUUACGAUAGCUACCUGCACUUCAGCGUAUAUGGCUAACAAGGGAUUUAUCAGCGAUAGCCCUCAAUCUCAAUGUUCCCGUUUGUCGAAAUUCACCAGUCACCAUUAUACCCCUCCAAUUCAUCCAUCAUUUUUGAACCACAAGCUGCUGCGAAAAAAAAUUGGCUGUCCUCGAACGAAUUGUGCCCACCGCCGUCGACAACUUUAGGUUGAAAUAAUUGAACCUGGGCUCGAUUCUCAGUUCAACCCCAUGGCUAAUGAAGAGGAAUUUCGCAAGGUUGCCCGUAGGCGUGAGGAGAUGACAUCCGUCUUGAUUUUUGCUAGAGGAGAUAUUAAGGAACUACCAAAUUAAUAUGUUUGCCGUGUUGAAGAUGCGAUGGGGUAUACUCCGGUCCGCAAGUUUCUACCCAAUUGAGGUACAAACGGGCUUGAUUAUCGCAUGUUUCCUACUUCACAAUUUCAUUCGUAGUCAAAUGCCGAUUGAUCUGAUCGAGACGGAGUUGGGCAACCAAGACGACAAUGAGGCCGAAACGGAUCCUGAACAAGCGGUUGGUGACCAAGAGGUUGGUGAUCAUAUCAACUGUGUGGAACCUUCGGGAAGGAGAACAACACAAGACGUACCUGAGUAGGUCACGAUGAAACGGCGGAUGGCUGGCAAUCUUGCCCGACACAACAGCUGCACUCGGUGAAGUGGAAUGUGGAAGAGACGCGCGAAUUCAAUGUAUGCGGGUGUUUAAGUUGAGCCAAAAAUGAAAUAGGGUUUGCAAGGAUAAAACUGUCACUACAAUAAUCUUAGAAGGACAAAUUUAGCUAUGUAUUUUUGUAUCAGCAGUUUCUGCAGUCCAAAUCACUACAAAAUUUAUGGGA